GGGGAGCCGCCAGCCGGAGGACACGUGAUCCACAACGAAGUGUCCCUUUAAAUCUCAGUCCCGGCUGCUGGCUGGUCCCCUCUCCUCCUCCUCCUGCUGCUCCUGCCGGGACCUGAUGACAGUCACAUAGGGGGGGUCUGACUGAGCGCCCACCUCCCAGAGAAUGGUGUAAGCACAGGGGGGGAGCAGCUCCAUAACUUCUCCGGAGCGAGGAAGAUGAGCACAGAAUUCACAAAACCUGCUCUUGCACCAAAGCCACGAGGUGUUGACUCAUUCAGUCCAAAGUAUUCGUCUCCACUACUCAAAAGAGUUGGACUUGUCCAUCAGGCAAAAUCUAUGUCCAGGGGCCCCAAACCUCCCAUUGCCCCCAAGCCAGUGUUAUCCCCAGCGACAGAAAGGAGGUUUAUAGAGGAUGAGAAUAAUUCCUUGAACAAAUGUUCAAAUGGAGGAGUAGAUUGUUCUGUGGAAAUCUAUGAUGCUGAUAAUUACAGACCAGAGUGCCAAGGAUCAGAGCCGUUAGACAUGACUUACGAGGACUAUAUGGCGGUUCCUGAGUCCCAACUCACAGAUGAAGAAAGCACCGACUUUGAAUGUGAAAAAAGCUCUUGUUCUGAGGGCACUGCCGACACUUGGAAUGCAACGUCCAUUGAAGGGGACAUCAUUGAUGACGCACGUUUCAGCCCUUCUCAGACUGGGGAGGAGGAUAGUGGACACCCAGACAGCGUACCAUCAAGAGAUGUUGAAUCUGGAGACUCUACAGAGGUCGAGGAUAGUGAUAACACUGAUGCCCUUAGCUUAAGAUCUUCAUCUACUGCUGAGGCAGAUAGCUUGGUUCCUCAUUCUGGCUCAAUGCAAUUCAAAAAUGAGCUUGGAGACAUGGAUGAUUUUUUACCCAUGGACAGCAGUGAAUGUAACACAGAGCCUGGGGACGGGGAUAGAGAUUUUAAAAAUAUUGGGCGUGUUGAGGUUAUUUUGACAGAUAUCAGUAUGGAUUGUCCACCAAUUAACUAUGAAACUACAAAUGAAGAAGAUUUGAACCAUGAGUUCUCUUUGGAUGAGACUCCUUGCAAUGACUGUUCAUUACAGAGCCCUGAUGAUGUUGACAAUACUGCUGUAACAUCUGACCAUGAACUUUUAUGUACUGAUUCCACAGAUGAACCCCUAGUCUCUGAAACUGACCAAUGUGAAGGCUCUGAACAGGACGUUGCUGCAGAAGUUCUAGAUCAUGAGGUUGAAAGCACAGAGGACCCCAGUGUAAAGGGUGAAGAAUCUCAUGACCUUAUUGAGGAAAUAGUCAAGAUUGUAACAGAUCCUAGUAUAGAAGAAGAAAGUGGACAAGAUGAUAAAGAAGAUAACAUGGUCAAUGAAACAGAUGAGGUAAUAGAGGAACCAUCACAGGGUGACCUUGAGAUUGGUGGGACCACUGAAGAGAACGGAGGAGCAGGAGGUGACAAUAUAGAUGAUAGCUACCAGAUUAUUCCUUUUGAAAGUGAGCUUAAUGAUGAUGCAAAUGAGUUCUCAGAAGAACUAUUGAAUGUGGAAAACAGACCACAAAAGAAUCUUCUUUUGGAGCCAUUGAUAGAGUCAGAGAAUGAGCAAAGAGAUGACGUAGAUGAUGAUCCUGAGAAAGGACAUGUCAACAAAGAAACAGAGGCAGGUGACACACCACAUCCUUCUGAGGCCAUUAAUACAGCUGCAGAUGCAGAAAGAAGUAAGUUAUGGGACCAUGGCCCAGCUGCAGUCACUCCGGGUGAAUUAUUUUCAGAGGAUAAAGCUGACCCAGCUAAGGUGUCACCUAAAGAUGAGGAAACAGAGGUCAAGGAGUUAGUAACAGACAUGGCAGAAAAUUCAGCCAUGACUGAGAUAAUUGUAGAGCCAGAGGAGGAUGAGAGCAACCCUUAUGUACUAGAGGACAGUGCAAAGUCCAGAAACAGGAAUCUAGUCAUUACGGAAGACUCAGCUGGCAAAAAGCAUGAGGAAGAAGCCAUCAACCCUCAUUGCUCCAUGGAUGAAUGCAGUAAUGAAGGAGACAACCAUUUACUUUGCAUUGAUAGAAAAAACAUUGUCACAAGAACAAGAUCCUACUCAGGGAAAAUACCUGGCAAUGUUCCUGAGACUGUGCCUGAAGAAACUGGGGCCGAGAUGGACUCCCAGCCUGUAAGUAAUGAAUCGAUGAUGAAUAACAAGUGUGAAAACCUGGAAUCUAAACAUGCAGAGUUUUUACGGACCCUACCCAGGAAACCAAAUCGUUUUAUUAUGUACCCCAGAUCUUACUCUGUAGAAGGCAGGGAAAAUGCAGCCUCAAUGUAUAUUGAGUCUGAUGUCAGCUUCUCUCCGUAUAUCAUUAGUUCUUCUGGUAGCUUUUCACAGAGAAACUACCAUACACACAGUGGAAUGUCCACACCUACCUCCUUGGUGGAUAUCCCUCCACCAUUUGAGCUUGCCAGUAUUACUAAAAAGCCAAUAACCAAAAGUUCACCUUCACUCCUGAUUGAGAACGAUUCUUCUGACAAAUCCUUCAAAAAGAAGAAGUCCUCAUUCAAGCGGUUCCUCACCUUGAAAUUUAGGAAGAAGACAGAGAACAAGGUCCAUGUCGAUGUCAAUGUGACCUCUUCCAGGUCAUCUUCGGAAUCAAGCUAUCAUGGCCCAUUCCGGCUAAUGGAAGGGGACAGGAGAAGCCUUGAUCAAUCUCCUCAGCUGCACAGUCGUUCCGGGAUGCAUUGUCAUCCCGAUUCUCCUACUGCCAUGCUCUUCUACAAGGAAAUGAAGAGGAAGGGAACAUCGAAAGCUUUUAGCAGGAGUGUUGCAAGGGUGGAAUCCUUUGAGGAUCGUUCUAGGCCACCAUUCAUGCCUUUGCCUUUAACCAAACCCAGGUCAAUUUCUUUUCCCAACGCUGACACCUCAGACUAUGAGAAUAUCCCAGCAAUGAGUUCCGAUUAUGAAAAUAUACAAAUCCCCCCAAGGAGGCCGGCCAGAGCUGGGACAUUCACCGAAUUUUUUGAAGAUCCCAGUAGAGCGUUGUCUUCUGCCAAUGAAAAUGAUGGAUAUGUGGACAUGAGUAGCUUCAAUACAUUUGAAAUCAAGCAACAGACAUCUGAGCAAGAGGCUGAAAGUGCCUACACGGAACCGUACAAAGUCUGCCCAAUCCCCAUGAACAACGCAGAAGACCUCACAUUGGACGAGGAUCAGAAAAGCUCAGAAGACGAGGAGACCAGCACUGGAGGGGUGCAGAAGAAGGAUGGACCCACGAGGGCGUUGCACAUUGUGGAGGAGCUCGUCGCCUCGGAGAAAGCAUACGUGGAAAUGCUGAGACGUCUGUACACAGAAUUCCACUCGUCAGUGCUCAGGGAGCUCGGCAGUGAAGAGGAAGACGAGGAGGAAGAGCUGAGACUACGACAUGGGCUAAGCCAGCUGGAAUACAUCUAUUUAUUACAUGAAGAGGUCCAGGAAGAGCUGGAGCAGAGGAUACAACAUUGGGAAGAAAAUCCAAAAAUCGCUGAUGUGUUCUUAAGUCGGCAAUCCAGGUUCCAGCACCAUAUCGCCUUUAUCGUUGCGUUCGACAAGACUACGGGUGCCCUUGAUGAUUGCAGCCUCAAAUCCCCCCGAGUCGCCGCAGUAGUGAGAGACUUUGAGAGGAACUUCCAGCGUGGGCAGUCCAGUGUCAAACACGAACUGGUGAAAGUGGUGCAGAGAAUUUUCCAGUAUAACAUGAUUCUAACAGAUUACCUGAACAAUCUGUGUCCGGACUGGGCGGAGUAUGAAGACACUCAGGCGGCCCUGCUGAUUGUAUCAGAAGUUGCAGAUCGAGCUAACGAGAGUAUGCACCAAGGGGAGAACCUACAGAAGCUAGUGCAGAUUGAGCACAGUGUCAGAAGACAGCGCAGCCUGCUCCAGCCGGGAAGGGAGUUUGUCAAGGAAGGGACACUAAUGAAGGUGUCUGGGAGGAACCGCCAUCCUCGCCACUUAUUCCUGAUGAAUGAUGUCCUGCUGUACACCUUCCCACAGAAAGACGGCAAGUACAGGCUGAAAAACACGCUCUCUAUCCCAGGAAUGCGGGUGAGCCGCCCAAUUGUGGAGAAUGCGCAGAACGUGCUGAAGAUUGAGUGUAUGGAGCGCUGCCUGAUGCUGUCCGCCAGCUCGUGUUCGGAGCGAGACGACUGGUAUAGUUGUAUCAGCAGAACCGUACAAGAGUACUACAAGGCUCCGACAGUAUCUGUCUAUAACAACAUUGAGCUUAGGGAAAGACUGGGAAUGUGUUUGGGUGAGAGGCCUCCCAGUGUGGCGCACACGUCUCACGCCGUGAUGUGUAUGAACUGCGGCAGUGACUUCACACUGACACUGAGGCGCCAUCACUGCCAUGCUUGCGGCAAGAUUGUUUGUCGCAGUUGCUCGAGAAACAAAUACCCGUUAAAGUACCUGAAAGACCGUCCAUCUAAAGUUUGCAAUGGAUGCUUUGCUGAGCUGAGGAAAAGAGAGCUCGCGUCAGCGAACAUGAAUUCCUCGCCGCAGUUGUCACGGUCGCCCGCCAGCGCUUUUUCAUCCAUGCUUCAAAGCAUUCACCCGUCUUCCUUUAAGAGACACAAGAAAGUGCCAUCUGCUCUGAUGGAGGCCGCAACGUCUGGUGAAAGUUCCUCAAUUAGUGGUUAUUUACAUCGGUGCAAAAAGGGAAAAAAAUACUGGAAAAAACGCUGGUUUGUCAUUAAAGGCAAAGUACUCUACACAUAUACUGCGUGUGAGGACAAAAUUGCCACAGAAAGUUUACCCUUAUUAGGUUUCCGCAUUGUGCCUGAAAACUGGGACCAGAACCCCAAACUAGGCACAGUGUUUCAGCUUUACCACAAGCAAAACUUGUUUUAUAGCUUCAAAGCAGCAGAUACCAAUUCCGCCAUCAGGUGGGUUGAAGCCAUAAAAGCAGCCACAGUAUUAUAGCAUUGGCUAGUCACAGAAAACACUCCACCAAUGAACAUUAUCAGAAUGUAAAUUCCUACCCCUGAUCCCCGGAACGGAACUAUUUGCAGGAACAGAGGAGCAGUCUGCACCUGCGCUGGCUGAAGGCUCCGCCUCUUCACCUUGCUCUUCUUUCAGAAGUCUCUUUGUUUUAUAUAUCAGCCAGUGGAACAUAAUAUACAGAAUGGGACUUUUCGCCACUUCCACCCUUUUUCUACAGUGAAAGGUUCAAUUUUCAUAGACAAUCUUUACCCAGAUAUACUCCUGUUUACAAUCUUCUAAUGACUAAUUAAGCAGGUAAUUUUAUAAUAUUUGUCAUAGGUCAGCCGCAUAUAUAUACACCUAUCUAGCAAAUAAAUGGGCAGGCGACUGUGUGUGUGAUGAUGAUUAAAGGGGAACUCUGCCUUUAGAGAACUCUAAGGUCUGGGUGACCUCCUCACUUUUGUUGCCUGCACACUGUGCAAAUGUAUGUACGUUGAUCGGCUGUCGUGUCCAUUCAAAUUGGUCCGGGGUACAGCACUUUUUGAGGCCGAAGUUCCCCUUUCAGGAAACUGAUAAACCUCUAGUGAAAAGAAAACACAAAGAACAAAUGAACCUCAUCUUUUUUUUCCAUCCAGCUUUUAUACUGUAUUCUCAAGGGCUUAUCUCGUGUCGGAGUUACUGAACACUAGAGUAGGCAGCUCUCCACUUCUGUUCCCGUUAGGACUGGCAGCUCCACCUUUCCCGGUGGCCCCUUGUGUUGCCCACUCGCUGCUUUAGAACACUGAAACCUCACCAAUUACAGUUGCCACCUCCCUACAGGGCUCCUCUGCCCUCAGACGUCACGGACGAGUAAUAUGUGCAUUGUACAUCCGUGACUUGCCGAUAUAAAACCAUUUUGUUUAGCAGGCUAUGCUAAAUAUUAGCUAUACUGAAAUGGCAUUGUUUACAGAGUACUUGUAAUUGUAUAUGAGACAAGAAGCCUUAAACAUAACACGUUGGUUCUAUCCGACCUAUUUAAAAGUAAAACGAACAGCCAGGUUCACCUCUUAUGAGAAUCUGUAAUAAUUAUGUGUAUAAAUAAAUAUGUUUAACAGUGUUGUCAUUAUAAA